UGCCGAGCCGGAAGUACAAGCCGAGCGGCGGAGGGCAGCCGUGGAGCCGCCGCCCCCUCGCCGCUUCGCGGCUGUUUGGGGAUCCCGGACCGCGGCGGCGCCGGGUUGUCCUGAUGGUCCCCGGCCGGCGGCGGCGGCGGCAGAGGCGGCGGGAGGAUGACCUCUCCCCGGGAGCGGGGUGCCGACCUGGCCCGUUUCUACACUGUCACCGAGCCCCAGCGACAUCCAAGGGGCUACACGGUGUAUAAGGUCACCGCCCGGGUUGUUUCUCGAAGAAACCCAGAAGAUGUCCAGGAGAUAAUCGUAUGGAAGAGAUACAGUGACUUUAAGAAACUACACAAAGAACUAUGGCAAAUUCACAAAAACUUAUUCCGACAUUCAGAAUUGUUUCCUCCAUUUGCUAAAGGGAUAGUGUUUGGACGAUUUGAUGAAACUGUCAUCGAAGAGAGAAGACAGUGUGCAGAAGAUUUGCUACAGUUCUCUGCCAAUAUCCCCGCUCUUUAUAACAGUAAACAGCUUGAAGAUUUUUUCAAGGGUGGAAUAGUUAAUGAUGGUUCUGAAUUGAUUGGACCUGCGGAAGCUUAUUCGGAUUCCCUUGUUGACAGCUUUCCUGAGUGUAGUACUGAAGGUUUCUCCAGUGACAGUGAUUUGAUAUCUCUUACUGUGGACGUGGAUUCUCUUGCUGAGUUAGAUGAUGGAAUGGCUUCCAAUCAAAACUCUCCCGUUAGAACUUUUGGUCUCAGUCUUUCUUCGGAUCCAUCAGCAUUAGGGGCCGUUGCUUCUGACAGCGAACAGAACAAAACAGAAGAAGAACGGGAAAGUCGUAGCCUCUUUCCUGGCAGUUUAAAGUCCAAGCUUGGCAAGAGAGAUUAUUUGGAGAAAGCUGGAGAAUUAAUAAAGCUGGCUUUAAAAAAGGAAGAAGAAGAUGACUAUGAAGCUGCUUCCAAUUUUUAUAGGAAAGGAGUUGAUUUACUCCUAGAAGGUGUUCAAGGAGAGUCAAGCCCUACCCGUCGAGAAGCUGUGAAGAGAAGAACAGCAGAAUAUCUAAUGCGAGCAGAGAGUCUCUCUAGCCUUUAUGGAAAACCUCAACUUGAUGAUGUCUCUCAGCCUCCAGGAUCACUAAGUUCAAGGCCCCCUUGGAACCUAAGGAGCCCUGCCGAGGAGCUGAAGGCCUUCAGAGUCCUUGGGGUGAUUGACAAGGUUUUACUUGUAAUGGACACAAGGACAGAGCAGACAUUCAUUUUAAAAGGUCUAAGGAAAAGCAGUGAAUACAGCAGGAACAGAAAGACCAUCAUCCCCCGCUGUGUGCCCAACAUGGUGUGUCUGCACAAGUACAUCAUUUCUGAGGAGUCGGUAUUUCUUGUGCUGCAGCACGCGGAAGGUGGCAAACUCUGGUCAUAUAUCAGUAAGUUUCUAAACAGAAGUCCUGAAGAAAGCUUUGACAUCGGGGAAGUGAAAAAAUCUGCACUCACUAAAGUUCACCUGCAACAGCCAACUUCUAGUCCUCAGGACAGCAGCAGCUUUGAAUCCAGAGGAAGCGAUGGUGGAACGAUGCUUAAAGUUCUGCCUCUGAAGACUAGUCUUACUCCAAGCUCUCAAGAUGAUAGCAACCAAGACGAAGAAGGCCAAGAUAGCUCUCCAAAAUGGCCAGAUUCUGGCUCAAGUUCAGAAGAGGAAUGUACCACUAGUUAUCUGACCCUAUGCAAUGAAUAUGGGCAAGAAAAGAUUGAGCCAGGGUCCUUGAAUGAGGAGCCUUUCGUGAAGAUCGGAGGGAAUGCUGUUGAUCCCAGAGUUAUCGAAAGCUUCCCAGCACACCUUGCUGCUGACAGUGGCAGCCCCAGCACCCAGCACAUAGCUCACGAGCUGAAGUUCUUUGCUGGAGAUGAUGACCUAGAAGCAGAUAGUUCUCCAAGAACGUCCGAUUCCCUUAGUAGAUCUAAAAACAGCCCCAUGGAAUUCUUUAGAAUAGACAGUAAGGAUAGCACUAGUGAACUCCUAGGCCUUGAUUUUGGAGAAAAAUUGUAUAGUCUAAAGUCAGAGCCUUUGAAACCAUUUUUCACUCUUCCAGAUGGAGACAGCACUUCCAGGGGUUUCAGUACUAGCGAAAGCAAGGUAGAGUUUAUAGCUCAGGACACCAUUAGCAGGGGCUCAGAUGACUCUGUCCCAGUUAUUUCUUUUAAAGAUGCUGCUUUUGAUGAUGUCAUCGGCACUGAUGAAGGAAGGCCCGAUCUCCUUGUAAAUCUACCUGGUGAACUGGAGCCCAUCAAAGACGGUGAAGCAAUGGGACCCACUCCGUUUACACAGACUAAUAUAGGCAUAAUUGAAAGUAAAUUGUUGGAAGCCCCUGAUGUUUUAUGCCUCAGGCUUAGUACUGAACAACGCCAAGCAAGUGAGGAAAAUGGCACAGAGGAAUUGAGUGAUCCCUCCAGGCCUAAAUCCCAUAGUAUAGCGGAGAAACACAGCGCGCAGGGGGAUCUUGGGAUGUUGUUUGUGACAGCCGGUGAUCACAGUAGUUCAGGAGACAUGUCUUUGUUACACAGCUCGGAUCCUAAGUUCCAAGGACCUGGAGCGGUUGAGUCUGCAGUCACUGCAGCCAACACAGAAGAAAGCAUAUUCCAUAUUUCUAACCCACUCUCAGGUGCUAAUGAAUAUAAUGUAAACACAGACACUUUAAAAACUGAAGAAGUAUUGCUGUUUACAGAUCAAACUGAGGAUUUGGCUAAAGAGGAACUGACUUUGUUUCAGAGAGACUCAGAGACUAAGGGAGAGAGUGGAUUAGCACUAGAAGGAGACAAGGAAAUACAUCAGAUUUUUGAGGACCUUGAUAAAAAAUUAGCACUAAACUCCAGGUUUUACAUCCCCGAGGGCUGCAUUCAAAGAUGGGCAGCUGAAAUGGUGGUAGCCCUUGAUGCUUUACAUAGAGAGGGAAUUGUGUGCCGCGAUUUGAACCCAAACAACAUCUUAUUGAAUGAUAGAGGACACAUUCAGCUAACGUAUUUUAGCAGGUGGAGCGAGGUUGAAGAUUCCUGUGACAGUGAUGCCAUGGAGAGAAUGUACUGUGCCCCAGAGGUUGGAGCAAUCACAGAAGAAACGGAAGCGUGUGAUUGGUGGAGUUUGGGUGCUGUUCUCUUUGAACUUCUUACUGGCAAGACUCUGGUUGAGUGCCAUCCAGCAGGAAUAAAUACUCACACUACUUUGAACAUGCCAGAAUGUGUCUCUGAAGAGGCUCGCUCACUCAUACAACAGACGAAGGACUGCAACAACACCAGGAUGGGGAGCGGGUCACCAGGAUCAAAGCGCAAUCAAGAUGACAUCACUCCCUGGAACUGGAUUUGGACUCACCAACUCCCUGGGCUCAUAACAGGAACUCAUGCAGAUUUUGUUUGGGGAGAAGGAAAAAUUCCAGGGGAACAGCAACAACAACAGCAACAAAACAACCAAAACCCAAAAACAAUUGUGUGCAAAAAAACCUGGAGAUGGGGAAAAGUGAAGCUGCGCAUAUUGUUUUGGCUGGUGUGUAGAUACAUGUAUUUGAAAGGUAAGUCGGGGCCAGAUUAAAUGCCUGGCUGAGACGUUUGAGUUUCAUUCUCUAGGUUGUAGGGAACUAGUGAAAGUUCUUAGCUGACGUUAUUGCAGCCUGCUGUUGAAAAGAUAAUUUUAGGGUUAGAAUGGAGAAUAAAUUGGAGAGAGCAUGGUUAGAGGCAGAGAGAUCAGUUCGGAGUUAUUGCAGAAAUUCAGGCAAGAGAUAAAGUCCUGAAUUAAGGUGGUAGAAAACAAAGGAGGGGGUACAUCAUCGUCCUCUUGUCCAUGUCUCUUGUGUAUAGAGUAGAGUUUCCCUAUCAAAUAAUUGCUUUCCUUGUUUCUUGAAGCCAGUUUAUACUAGGAGAUUAUGGAUUUGUUGUUUUUAAAAUCACCCCCAAGGAAUCUCCAGAGAGACAAACCAUUGGUUGAUAAUGAUAUUGACUAUUCAUAGCUUAAAACCCCCCAGGUCCCAACUCCAUUUCUUUUUAUCAUUUUGUGGCACUCCUUCCCAUCCUUUGCUUUUAAAUAGUUGUUUGCUUUUAUAUGGCUAGUCCUCCAUUCUUGCUCUUAGAAGGCAUUACAUCCUGCCAGGUGACUGCUCUUUGUCCCAGACCUCUGACACACAUUUAGCUUAGCUCAGUGGUUGUCAAAAAGUGGUCCCAAUCUGGGUCAAGGGAAUAGGGUGAUUUUUACUGUUCUUGCAACUUUUCUUCAAGUUUGAAAUGAUUGCCAGGUACAGAAGUUUUCAGCAAAAUGAAAGAAAAAGUGAUCCUCAGACCAUCAACAUUAGCACCAUGUGGGAACUUGUUAGAAAUGCAAAUUCUCAGGCCCUGUCUCGAAUCUACUGACUCAGAACUCUGGGGGCUGACACAGACCGGAGUCUGUCUUAAGCUCUUCCCAGUGAUUCUGAUGCAUGGUUAAAUUUGAGGACCACUGGCUUAGUUUAAUGGAAACUCAUUGCCUCUGCCUUGUAUGAUCUCAUGCAACCCUCCUUGAGAUAUGUGUUUUGGGUUUGAAGACAUCUCCCAACACUUAGAAUGUUUCCCAGGAGGCUGGCCCAGGGAGGCCUUGCGUCAACGGGACUCACCCGAAGUGAGGACAGGAGGAAGGGAAAUGGCAAGGGGAAUAG